AUGUUUAAUAACUUAAGGCGAUAUCGAAGUAGCCGAAGAAUUAGAAUAUGGAAUAUUGAUUUACCGUACAAAAGUCAUAUUGUAUUUUUAAGUUCAAAUAAUGAUCAUCAAAAAAUUAAUUUCGAAGACAAUUCAAGCAUAAAACCAAAUUCGAUCAAGAAGAAAGUCUCAGACUUUUUGAUCAACUUAAUAAAACACGAGACCAAAAUACUUGCAGAUACUUUAAUUAUUAGGGAAACUGAGAUACAAGAAAGUGAUAGGGUUAUUAGCGACAUCGUUUUUGAAACAGUAUAUUCCAAAUUAGACUCAAAAAUUAAAGAAGAUGUGGAAAGAACGGUAGAUACGUACAAUAAACUUGCACUCAUACUUACCUAUAACCCUAUUGUAAUUCACCCACUGAUUUAUAUUAAUUUUUGCAAUUCAACAUCCCUUCAAAAUGAUACGAAGAAAAUGAUUCUCAGACGGUUGGCAUAUCACGGAAGGUUUGAAGAAUGCUGGAAGAUUGCACUUAAUAGCAUUGAAACUUUAAAUGACGUUGAUGAAUACAUAGAAACCAUAACUGAUGAACUAAAACAAAAUAAUAAUACUGAAUUCGGGAUUUAUGAACUUUUAUCCGCUUGCGAUAGAAUAGUUUCAAAUCCAAGCCUAAAGCAUACAAUAAUCGAAACAAUCUGUCAUAGCAAUGAUCUUGAUAAGAAUAUGUUUUUCUCAAGUAUGGAAUAUCAGAAUGAACUUAAGAAUUUUGAGACACUAGAAGCGCUAGAGAAUUCAAAAGCAAAAUACAUACGUAGCACUAUCCCAUAUUUCCGCCUUUUAUAUUACAAAAGGAGACUAAAGUUGGCUUUGACAACUGACUCGCAUUGCGUUCAAAGUGUUCAAGUUCAUGAAAUCGUGAAGAAUAUUCUACAAGAUAAAGGCAUUGUUGAAACGCAAGGUUGGAUAUCUUCUGUUUUAUCAUUCUCGUCUAUUGAAUGUUUACCUAAUGACAUCAAUUCACUGCAAAUUGUAUAUCCAUUAUCCGAUAAGUCUGAUAGUUUGUUUUUUGAGUACUUUAUUGAAAAGUGCUCGGCGUAUGACUUUAUCCGUGUAAAUGAUUAUGACUUCUUGCAUAUAUUACAGCAUUCUAAACCUGAGCAUAUAAAAACUAUCUAUUUGCUUUACAGGAAGAGUUACAAUCUAGCCUUUUCCCAAAUGAAUUCGCAUAUAAUCAAUUAUUUAACGAGAUUGAUGCUCAUUACUAAAAAUGUUGAUCUAAUAACUACAUGUAUCGUGGAAUGUUACAGCCUAAUUAAUGAUGAAAUAUUAGCAACUGCUUUAGUUAAAAUAUUCAAAGAUUCGAGAGAGAACUUCAAGAUGAUAGCAAACAAAAUAAAAGGUAGUAAAAAUGACACCAGAAAAUCGAAGAUUCUUAAUGACUUCAUAAACAAAAUAACAUUCAAUGAAAAAGAAAAUCAAAUUUCAUUAGAUUCUUUACUAUACAUUAUCAAACGCUUCAAUAAGUCUGAUCUUGCCUCUGAAAUUGUCCUUACUAUGUUGCCAAAAAUAAAAUCUAAGGAAAUUGAUCAAAAUAUAACGAUAAGCUUUUACAUGUAUAUCAUACAAAAUAUCCGAGUAUCCAGUUAUGUUUUAGUUGAAAUGGCUAGAAGCUUUAUAUUGAAAGAGAAAAUUUUUGAUGAGAAGCUACUUACAGAAUUUUUUGCAACACUCUUGCGUAGGAUAUGGAAUAAAGAGCAAAUUAUGAAACGGAACAAUCGUGAAAAACAAUCUGAUGAUUUUCAAGAACUUUUCAAACUUGCAACUAAAAAAGAAAGGGCAAGGUUUCAUAAUCGAAUCCGUGCACUUGGCCAAAUUUUAUCAUUGUUAGAAGCCAAAGAAACUUCUAUGAUUUUCAAUAUACUAUACAACUUUAUCUUUAGUAGUUCAUUUCAGUUUGUCCUUUCUGACUAUGGUAAAAAAUAUAUCAUCGACAGCUUGGUAGCUGAAACCAUGAGAUUCAUAAAUAAGGCUAAUAAGGAUACACCAAAGCUAGGCAUCAUAAAGAUGCGUGAUUUUCUAGGAGGUCUUUGCUUUGAAUCGCGUUCUGUACAAUGUGCGCUUUAUAAAUACAUGGUAGAAGAUGAACCUCUGAAAUGUAUUAAGCUUCUCCAUACUUAUGAGAAUAAUAAGUCAUAUUUGACAAAUGACGUGAUGAGAUCGAUCAUGUCAGGAAUAUUACAUUCGCCAAGAUUAAACGAUAAAGAAAAGCUUCAUUUAUUUCGGUAUUUUAGAACUGAAUUGCUUAAUCUAAAUUUCAAAAGCACUAUCCAUCCAAGCACAGCAAUCGAAUUAUUGAACCUUGUUAUUGGUAUAGCGGAAAAAGAUCCAAUUAAAUCAAUAGAUUCCAUGAAAUGGGUAUUGGAAUUUGCAAACAAGAAAAGAAUACCUAAAUCCAUCAUUGCUAACUUUGCACGAAGAUUAAUGCUAAAUCAGGAUAACCUCCCACUCCCUGUGCGAAACGCAAUAAUAGAUGACUUAGAAAGGUACAAAUGA